GAGUUUGACCGAACUCAAGUCGAGCUCGAGCGACUCGAGCUCGAGCCCAAAUUUUACAUUGUCGAGCGGCUCGAGAUAUAUGAUAAAUUACUAAAAUACCCUUAUAUAUAUAUAAUUUGACAAAAUUAUUUGAAAAUUUUCGAACCGAACUUGAGCCGAGUCGAGCAUUUUGAAUUCGAGUCGAGCUCGAGCCUAAAAAAUCGAGCUCGACGAGCUCGAGCAGCUAAAAAAAGAAAUUCAAUCAUGCUCGACUCGGCUCAACUCGUUUGCAGCCCUAUAGGCCAUCAAACUGUAACCUGUCAGCGCAAGCUUGACUUUAGACCACAAAUUGAGCACAGCACAAAACACACAGUCGAAGAAAAUCUGUCGUUUAAUUGUUCGCAAGCCCGCCGAGCAAAGUAGGAUUCUUUAAUGGCGGUACAAUGGCUUCUGGUUUGCCACGGAUCGGUGACUCUGUUGGUGGUGGUUUCAUUCCUCUGCGGGCAGUGGCCAAUUUUUCAGGGCACCUUCAUCCAGCGUAUCCAUUUCUUCAUUACGUUCGGCGCCUACGAUUAUUUCGGGCGAUUUGUGCAUUACGUUUGCGGGUCAAGAGGCACGAAUGCGCUUCACUCAGUUGAGUACUAUUGUUGCGACAGGCCAAACCCAAUUAUACAGCUAAUAUAUUUAUUAAUAGUGGGUGGAACUUAUUACUUAAUUGCACAAUCAUCCUUCAGCUACAUUCCAGGAUACUACCUAAGUGGAGCGCACAGGUACACAAGCUUCUUGGCAGUUGGAGUGGGUAUUCUCCUCUUUCUAUUUACUAGCUUUUCUGAUCCAGGGGUUGUAAAUUCAACCAAUGUAUCUCAAUACCUUUCAGCUUAUCCAUACGACAACAUUAUCUUCUCAGAGAAAGAAUGUCCCACCUGCAAGAUUCCCAAACCUGCUAGGUCAAAGCACUGUAGCAUAUGUAACCGCUGUGUAGCUCGGUUUGACCACCACUGUGCUUGGAUGGCAUUUGCUUCUCUGUAUAUACGGGAUAGUCGCACUUGGGUUGCUUCUUGCUGGAAGAGUGAAAGAACUACAAAUUAUCCACAUUCUAACAGAAAGUUGGCUCCACUUGUUGUACAGUGGCUGCUGAACUCUCACAACACACAAAUUCUUAUCAUUGUAUUUCUGGCCGUAAUUUCUCUUCUAAUAGCGGGUUUCUUCAUCUACCAUGCUAAACUUUGCAUCACAAACACUACCACCAAUGAGAGUUUCAAAUGGCAAGAGCACAUGAGUUGGCAGAGGAAAGUAAACGAGGCAAAAGCAAGUGAAGCAGCCCUGAAAGCGAGCUUAGGCGAACUACAUGAAGAAAGGAAGAGUCAAGGGAGCAAAUGGACAGCGUUUUUCAGAAGAUCACGUUUGGAGGAAGUUCAAGUGGUCAAAAAUAAUCUUUACGAUAAAGGCUUUUACUUCUGGUGUUCUGUGAGCGAUACAGGACAGGGGAAUUUCAGAGAAGCUAUGCUACUGCCAGAUAUUAACAUCAUCACCAAUCGUUAUCCUCAUAAAAAGCCCACCUUCCCAUUUGCAAAUGCACCCGUCAGUUGCAGAACACAAUCCCAUCUACAAACAAGUGAAGCUCAUGGCACAACAGAAAAAACAACUGUCCUAAUGAGCAAAAGAAAUCGAGCGACAAAAUCAAAAUCCAAUGGCCAUUUCACACAUCUUCCAAAGAUCGAAAACGACGAGAAUGCAAACAACAAGAUCCUCCGAACCUUAUGCAACCGCGGAAAAUUACAAGACGCUGCAAAGUUAGUUGACAUAAUGACGGGUCGUAAUCAAAUCCCGGAUUACCCUUCCUGCAUAAAGCUCAUCAGAGGCCUUGUAAAUUCCGGUCAGACUUUCAAAGCUGCUAAAGUCCUCCAGCUGAUGGUAAUGACAGGUGGCACCCCCGACAUAAUCACUUACAACAUGCUGAUCGGUGGCUUGUGCCGAAAAAGUCGUCUCGACUCAGCAGUCGAUGUUCUCGAGAGCAUGAGCUCGACUGGCUGCCCUCCAGACAUGAUCUCUUUCAACACAAUCGUUAAAGCCAUGUGCAGGCUCGGAAAAUUUGACGAGGCCGUGAAGUUCUGGAAAGAUCAGUUGAGAAAAGGUUGCCAGCCGUACGUGAUCACGUACACGAUCCUCAUUGUGCCCGUUUGCGAAAAUCUCGGGCUUUCGCGUGCAUUGGAAAUCAUGGAUGACCUGGCGGCCGAGGGGUGUUAUCCCGAUUUAGUAACGUAUAACUCGAUUAUCAGCCUUGCUUGUAAAAGAGGAAGUUACGAGGAUGUUGUCCGAACUUUCUCUGACCUUCUCUCGCACGGAAUGAAGCCAAAUGUCGUCUCGUACAACACUCUCUUGCAUUCUCUUUGUACUUUCGCGCGUUGGGAUGAGGUGGACAAGAUUGUUCGUUUCAUGGAGGAGAGUUCUUCUUCAAACCCACCGAUGGUUGUUACGUACAAUAUCUUGAUCAAUGGACUUUGCAGGCACGGGAUGGUUGACCGCGCGGUUGACUUUUUCGAACGCAUGGUUUCGAAAAAAUGCCUCCCGGAUAUAAUCACGUACAAUACGUUAUUACGCGCCCUCUGCAAGGAGGGGUUUAUAAAUGAAGCAGUCGAGAUUCUUCAUUGUUUAAAAAAUACCGAGUCUGCCCCCACUUUAAUCACGUUUAAUAUUUUUAUCGAUGGGUUUUGUAAAAUGGGGCUAAUGGAGAAGGCAAUGGAGAUGUAUAAUCGUAUGGUGGAGUUUGGGAUACUUCCAGAUGUAAUUACGUACCGUUGCAUGAUAUGGGGAUUUUAUCAGGCAGACCUUGUUGAGGAAGCCGUUGAGUUGUUGAGAUUGAUUGGGGUUAACAAGAGGCGGUGGAUAAGGGACAACUGUUAUAAGUUCAUAAUAAACAGGUUGUGUGAGAAAGGAGAAGUGGAUAGUGCAGUUGGUGUUGUCCAAAUGCUGGCUUCAAGUAAGAGCAAGAACUGUCAUUUGCUAUGUUCGUAUGUCGUGCAAGGCGUACGUUCUGCAGGCAUGAUUUAUGAAGCUGUUGAGUUGCGGCAGAAGUUGAUGGAGAAGAAGCUUUUGUAA